ACAGACACACACACACAGACACACACACAGCUGUUACUGUUCAACACCUUUUUCUUGUUCUUCUCUUGGUUACCACAGGGUAUCACCUGACCUCGUCUCAGCCUAUCCGUUGCAUUCCCGACCAGUCUGGUAUGGAAAUCUGUUGAUGUCAAACAUUUCAUACUGGGAGCACUUCCUGACAGAAUCCAUUAAAUCCUAUAAAUUCCUGAGCCUGAUGCAGUUUGUGCCAUUGAUGGGAGACUUGGCAGCUUCAUAAACUAAACAACAUGGAACAUGAUCCAAAAUGACAAAAUGACAAUGCAGUCACAGUAACAAUCCUAGAUUUUAGAUUUUAGUGAUAAUUACUCUGAUAAUACAGCGCUGUGACUCUUUCAGAGGGCUCCUGUAAAUCUAGUUAUCUUCAUAUUAUAGUGAAGCAGUUUUAUCAGGCUGAACAGAAAAGCAGAGGGACACACCACACAAAUGACUGACUCCUCAGUUCAAACAGCUUGAACCAGUUUAGACCUUUAACCUUCAGAUCUGUUGAGACAGAAUCCACCACAGUGCUGCGUUAAAUACAAAAACAUUUCAAAGAUAUAAGCAAGUAUCCAAACACUGCUUUGGGUAUCCUACUGUGGUAUAUUAAUGGAACGCCUUCCGCUUUCCUAUGAUACACGCCAGGCUGUGGAUGGACUCCAAUAGAUCGACGCUCCCGGGGGUAAUGGACGUUCCAGCUGCGUAUUAGAGCCCUAACCCUAACCUGAACCACCAUCGUGUUAGAUGUUGGGUGGCCGAAAGCGGAACAUACUGAAGAUCUGUCACCAAGCGUAACAUGUUACACUUUGGGAGUGAGAACGUGCUGAUCUGUCAGGAGUUUUCUCACAGUUCUGUUUUUUUAUAAAGAUGCUCCGUGUGAAGCAGCCAAAGCUGACCUCGUGAUACUGGUGGAUGAGUCUGGAAGCAUCACUCCUCAGGACUUCAGAAUCAUUCGCUUGUUUCUCAAGCACUUUGUCAACAACCUCGACAUCGGUCUGGACCGAGUCCAGAUCGGUCUGACUUUGUUCAGCACCACACCAAAGACUGUGUGGCACCUGAACACCCACCAGACCAAACAAUCCCUGCUGACGGCCAUAGAAGACCUAGAAAAAGCGCGUGGAAGCACUUACACAGGAAAAGCUCUGACACACAUCCUCCGUAACCAGUUCAAACCCAAUGUGGGAAUGCGUCCAGACUCCAAAAAGAUUGCUGUUCUGAUCACAGACGGGGCGUCUUAUGAUGACAUAGAACUUCCCUCAAAGAAUUUGAAAGACAGCGGCAUUGAAGUCUUUGUUAUUGGUGUUGCAAAAGUCAAUGUGACUCAACUGAAGUUGAUCAACGCUGAUCACAAUAAAAUUUACAUAGUCAAAGAUUUUGACAGUCUCCAGGACAUUGUCGUCGAACUCAUUAUCAACGUCUUUGAAAGUGUUAAAAGUCUAGACUCUGUCAGGCUGCUGAACGGUUCCAGUCUGUGUUCAGGUGGACUGCAGGUGAAGUCUAGCCAGAGAUGGUCCUCAGUGUGUGAAGAUGACUUUGACCUGCAGGAUGCAGAGGUGGUCUGCAGGGAGCUUGGCUGUGGGCCUCCUUCGCUCCUCCAGGGGGCGCUCUAUGGAGAAGCGGAGGCUCCAGUGUGGAGCAGAGAGUUCCAGUGUGGAGGCCAUGAGUCUGCUCUCCUGGACUGUAGAAGCUCAGGCUCAGCUAGAAGCAGCUGCUCACCUGGCAAAGCUGCUGGACUCACCUGCUCAGAGCCUGUCAGGUUGGUGGGAAGAGCCAGUCGCUGUGCAGGUACACUGGAGGUGAGACGAGGAGAGUGGAGACCAGUGGCGAUGGAUAUCUGGAACCUGAAGGAUGCAGCUGCUGUCUGUGGACAGAUGAACUGUGGUUCUGCUGUUUCUGUAGGAAAUACUCAGAGUUCUUCACAGAGAUCGGUGUGGUGGAUGGAGUCACACUGUGUUCAGGCUGGAUACGCUCUGAAAGAGUGCGCAUCAGCAGAUCGCUCUUCCUCCACCCUGGAUAUCACCUGUUCAGACUCUGUCAGGCUGCUGAACGGUUCCAGUCUGUGUUCAGGUGGACUGCAGGUGAAGUCUAGCCAGAGAUGGUCCUCAGUGUGUGAAGAUGACUUUGACCUGCAGGAUGCAGAGGUGGUCUGCAGGGAGCUUGGCUGUGGGCCUCCUUCGCUCCUCCAGGGGGCGCUCUAUGGGGAAGCGGAGGCUCCAGUGUGGAGCAGAGAGUUCCAGUGUGGAGGCCAUGAGUCUGCUCUCCUGGACUGUCGAAGCUCAGGCUCAGCUAGAAGCAGCUGCUCACCUGGCAAAGCUGCUGGACUCACCUGCUCAGGUAGAAGAGGAGCUGCAGCUUGGGCUCAAACUCACUUUGUUCUCUCACUGAUGACUCUCUGCUUUCUGUCAGAGCCUGUCAGGUUGGUGGGAGGAGCCAGUCGCUGUGCAGGUACACUGGAGGUGAAACAGAGACUGUGGAGAUCUGUGGAGGCCUCAGGCUGGACCCUGACGGAUGCAGCUGUAGCCUGCAGAGAGCUGGACUGUGGCUCUGCUGUUUUAACAGGAAGCAGAAAUGCAUCCUGGGAUGGACCAACGUGGAAGAUCAAACCUGACUGUGUUAAAUCUGGCUCUACACUGAGGGAGUGUGCCACAUCAUCCCAGUCAUCCACCGUCCUGGAGCUCAUCUGCUCAGACCUGCUGGUUCAGCCAAUCAUCUCAGCAUCCUUCUCGUCCAAUGACGGGCACUCCCAGGUCCAGCAGCAGGAGUCUUCUUGGGUGUUCAAAGGCUCCAGCUUCACCACCAGCUGCUCCAUCCAGCCUCAGUACCCAGGAGGCUCUUUCCAGCUCACCUUCACCUCCUCCAAUACCACCAACAACUACACCCUGCCAGCUGUCAAUCACUCUGCCCACUUCCUGUUCACUGCUGCAGAGCCCGCCCACCAAGGAACCUACAGCUGUGUUUAUCACGUCUUUGUGUUUUCUCAUAACUUCUCCUCCGAGAGCCGUCAGCUGUCUCUCACUGUCUCAGAUCCAACAGUGUUUGUCAUCAGACUGCUGCUCCUGCUGCUCUUCAUCUCUGCCGUCUGUUUCAGCCAUAAGGUCAGCGGGAGGCAGGAGCCCCGCCCACAGGAGGACCCGGAGCUGGAUGGUUAAAGCUGGCAGUGUCCAGAAAAGCAGGCAGCUCAGCAGCGCCUCCACAUGGUGGAGGAAGUGUUUGCAUCCUUCACCACCGUGUGAACAUGAACUGCAACCACAGUAUCACUUAUACUUUUGCUUAUGCUGUGUCAUGACUGUCAUGAUGGUUAUGAUUAUUAGUUUUGUAUUCAUAUUAUAUUGUUAAGAACAAAAAGUUUAACGUUUGAUGGUAUCUGGCACGUGUGAGCUGGUGUUGGGGCUGGACAGGUGAACUAACCCUUUUAAGCUGGAGCUCACCACAGGACACUGUGCUCAUUAAGUUCAUUCUCAGCAUGACAGCAAAGACGUUCCCCUGGAGCUGUCCGAUCCAUCCACCAAACAUCCACCACUUUCUGCUCGCUACUUCAGCAUGCAUGUUUGAUCACAGUGCUUUGUCUGUAGGUUACAUAUUAAUGUCAUUUUUACUUGUCCAUACAAGAGCCAGGAGUCAUAAAGAUGGUGUCCUCCAUCAGCAUCUCACAGCACGUUGUGCAAAGCUUUUGCAGCAUCAGCCUCAAUAAAACAUUUCCAGCUGGAAGGUUUCCUGAGAGAUACUCUGCAGUAACCAUCUCCUCAUGAGCUCGGUG